AUUCUAAUUUAUAAGUUAUAACAGCUAGUCAGCCACACCUCUCACAAUCAGGCAAUGCAUUGUAACCAAUGGAUGCAUCCAGAGAUUACGCGCUGGAGCACCCUAACGACUUUGAGCUACAUGAUUUCAUUGAUGAGCCUAACUUCGAUCAGUUCAACGAUCUGAUUCGUGGAGAAAACGAAGAUUCUGUUGCAGAUUUUGAUUAUGAUCUUGUCAAUGGCUGUUUUGUUGAUAAGCAGAUUCGGUCAACUCCUGGAGAUGCUUUUGGCUUCGAUGCUACAAGAGCCAUGGUGCCGGAUCCUAAUUACAUUUACAAUGCAUUGUCAAGUUUUGAUGGGGACAUAAUGAAGUACGGAGAGGAAGAUAAUGACGAUGAUGAUGAGAACUCUUCCGGAACAACCACAACCACUAUCACAACAGCGACAAAGAAAGCAAAGCUUGAUCGGUCAAGAACUUUGAUUUCGGAGCGGAGGAGGAGGGGUCGGAUGAAGGAGAAGCUCUAUGCAUUGCGUUCCCUGGUUCCUAACAUAACCAAGAUGGAUAAGGCUUCCAUAAUUGGAGAUGCUGUGAGGUAUGUGCAAGACCUGCAAAUGCAGGCUAAGAAGCUAAAAGCUGAGAUUGCGGGUCUUGAAGCAUCAUUGGCAGGGUCAGAAAGGUACCAAGAACCAAUUGAUAAGCCUGUGAAGAUUCAAGUUGCACGGAACAGCCAUCCUAUGUGCAAGAAGAUUACGCAGAUGGACAUGUUUCAAGUGGAAGAAAGAGGGUUUUACAUUAGAUUGGUGUGCGACAAAGGUGAAGGGGUUGCAGUAUCACUUUACAAGGCUCUUGAGACCCUUACUAACUUCAAAGUCCAAAAUUCCAAUCUGAACACUGCUUCUGAGAGAUUUGUAUUGACAUUUACUCUAAAUGUCAGAGAUUUCGAGCUGUCCAUGAACUUGCCAAACCUGAAGUUAUGGGUGACUGGGGCUCUCCUGAACCAGGGAUUUGAGUUUACAACACCUUUAUCUUCCUAGUCUUGUCUCUUCUAAACCUGUUAACGAUGUCUGCAGUGCAGAUCAUCGGUGAGCAUUGAGUUCCUAAGUGCUGGCCUGUUAUGAACAGUUUUCUCUUCUGACAAGGCUUGCAUAUCUGUGGCUUUUAGAUCUCACAUGCGAGACUGAAACUUUGUACUAAUACGUGCAUCGGUAUCCCUGUUGCCGCAAACUGAACUAGUAAUAUCAGGCCAGUAACUUCUAAUGGACAA